CGAUAACUCUCCUGCUGAAUUAACUAAUCAUGAAAUAGAACAUUAUGAUGAAGUUAAUUUAAAUAUGGACGAAUGUGAUUCAUCAAGUACUAGUGAUGAUGAUAUGGAAAUUACAAAUAACAAGACAAUUGAAUUAAAAGCAGUACUAGAAAAGACGAUCAAGUUUAUUGAAAAAUCCGAAAUUCUCCCUCAACGAAGAAAAUGGAUAGGUUCUAUUGAAACGAACUUGAACCCC